GUUUGGGCGCGGGGUGUAGUCCCCAAGUUUGGCGCAAGGUGUAGUUAGUCCCAAGUUGGGCUCAGGGUGUAGUCCCAAGUUGGGUGCGGGCUCAGGGUGACGGGGAGCAUGUAAACAGGAGUCAGCAGGUGCGGCAGCGGUGGCCGGCGUCGUGUCCUCUCCUCCCUCAUAGUAUUCAGGGUGAUGGCGUCGUAUUUUGAUGAGCACAACUGUAGGCCUCUGGGGCCAGGCCAGACUCCAGACCACUUCUUGCACUUCGCUCGACUCAUGCUUCAUGGGGGCUACUGGCAGGAUUUGCAGUUGGAGUUUACACAACUUUUUGGAUAUGGAGAGCGACCACCACCUCCAGCCUCAAAAGAAUUUAUUGAGAAUAUGACAACUGUGAUUGCUACAAAACAAGCUGGCCAGUGCCCUGUGUGCCUCAAGGAAUGGACAGAAGGAGAGGAAAUGAAAGAACUGCCUUGCAAACACAUGUUCCAUUCAUCAUGUAUCUUACCAUGGCUAAAGAAGACUAAUUCUUGUCCUAUGUGCCGUCAUGAGCUGCCUACUGAUGACCAGGACUAUGAGGAGUAUAGAAAGCAGAAGAAAAGAGCAAAGGAUCGUGAAGCAGAAAUUGAGACACUCCAUAAUUCAAUGUUUUCCUAAUAAGGCAUCUUCAGCUGUCAUAAACACAUUUCAGACAGCAUUGCUCAUGUUGGAUCUACCGUCAAGAUGAGGAGCCAACCUUGUGUGAAGCAAUGUUUUGAAAAGUAAAUCUUCAAAUAUUACAUAUUGCAUUCCAAAAACUGCCUACCCAUGGAUUACUUGGAACUGUGAACUAAGAAUGGAAAACUUAACCUUUCAAACCAUAUGUACUCCAUUGUGAUAGUUAUGAAUAAAAUUAAUUAUUAACUUUUUUGUCACUGCAAA